AUGGCCAGUUUCGACCAGACCAGAGCCUAUGCGGCGCAAGAAGAUGUCUUCUUCAACGACGGUCGUGAGAUUGAACUCCUUCACUUCGUAUACGACCAUGCAAAUCUUGAACAAAUUCGGGGAUCGCCGCAGCGCGUCUUGGAGGCCAUUGAUGAGUUUGGUCGCACUCGGAAAUAUUUGAUGAAUAUUGGCGAAGACAAGGGCAACAUUGUGACAGAUCUCAUCUCAGAGGUCAAACCAAGUGUCAUGGUGGAGCUCGGUGGGUAUGUUGGAUACUCGGCCAUCCUCUUUGGUGAUGCCUUGAGAAAGGCAGGUGGUCAGAAGUAUUGGAGUCUCGAGCGAAACCCGGAAUUUGCAGCUGUCAUCACUUCCCUCGUCGAGCUCGCAGGGUUACAGGACAUUGUCAAGGUCGUUGUUGGCUCCAGCGAUCAGUCCCUUCGACGAUUACACGCUCAGAAGCAUUUGGCAAAGAUUGACUUAUUAUUUCUGGACCAUUAUAAGCCUGCUUACCUACCGGAUCUAAAGUUGUGUGAACAAUUGCGCCUCGUCACUUCGGACUCUGUCCUUGCUGCCGACAACGUCAUCAAACCCGGAAAUCCCCCAUACCUGGAAUACGUCCGAAGUAGUGUAGAGGAAAAGGAAGUCAAGGCAGACCCGGCAUCGACACCUAACGGUGUGACUGAUAGCACAAAUCAAUACGCGGACAAGGAAGGGUCAAAGGAAACGAAUACAGGUCUCAGCGGCAACCCACACCUCAUAUACGAAAGUAAGCUGAUUCGGAGCUUUGAGCCAACAGGCAUUCCUAUAAAUACAGGAUGUGAAAUAAUAAAACACUUCCUACUAAUGCGUCGGAGAUAUGCCCACUGCACUGCCUUGAGCUGUAAAGUGAUCAGGUCGCAGCAAAACGAAGAUUUAUUCUUUCGUGUUUUGAAUAUUACCAGAAACAAUCUCCUUCUCCUUGUUCUAAGCCUUCUAUUUCUUCCAUUGAACACAUCUCUGCUCCUGUUACACAAACAUAAUUGUCACACGGAUGAAUUAGCGACUGCGAGUCCCAGGACCAUUCUUGUUACUGGAAUCAACAUGUCCAAAGGGCUAGCUGUUGCGCGGAUGUUCAAACGCAGUGGUCAUCGUGUCAUUGGAGCGGACUGGCAUAGGCUAUCUCUUGGAAAGGUUUCGAGUGCGAUUGACGCCUACUACGCUGUUCCGCCGCCGUCUGAACUCUCAGAUAGGAACCUGGACGACCCAUAUGCGGAGAAAAUGCUGGAAAUUGUGCUGAAAGAGGAUGUAGAUCUGUGGAUCUCUGUGUCUGAUGUAAAUUCCGCACUUCAGGACGCCGCUGUUAAGGAGAGGAUUGAGGCUGAAUCAAAAACCAAGGCCAUUCAAUUCGGUGUCGAGUGGACUCGCACUCUCCACAACAAGGAGUCUUUCAUGGACCACACUCGAAACAUCGGGCUCCGAAUUCCCGAUGUUGGGACUGUGAAGUCACGAAAGGAACUCAUACAAUUCUUAGAAGACAGAGGGAGUCUAGAGAAGCGGAGUGGUGGACGACAGUACCUUAUCAAACCUUGUGGUGUGGAUGAUGUUGCCAGAUUCGACAUGCCUCUACUGCCCUUGGAGAGCAAGGAGGCGACAUUGCGGAGAAUACAACAGAUACCCUUCCAGAAAACUCCUCAGACAUUAUUUCUCGCACAGGAAUUUAUCGGCGGUCUGGAGUUCUGUACCCACGCUCUCGUCAUUCGCGGCCAAGUUCACGCAUUCGUGGCAUGCCCGUCUGCAGCUGUCUUGACGCACUACACGGCGCUCCCGUCAGACUCGCCCAUUAGCCAAGCCAUGGAAGACUUCACGAAGAGGCAGGCUGUAGCUGGCGGCGAGAGUUUCACCGGUCAUCUGAGUUUUGAUUUCAUGCUCAAAGUUGCACGCCCUGCUGAAAAAGAAAAGGUGGAAAUUUAUGCCAUCGAAUGCAAUCCGCGGGUUCACACCGCGAUUGUCCUAUUCGGCCGGACACCUCAGCUUGUAGAAGAGUAUCUCUCUGCACUUUCACCGUCAGAUGGACCUUCUUGUUCUCCGCCACUAACACCCGAGAGCCCUGCCCAGUACUACUGGGUUGGGCAAGACAUGGUCGAACAAGUAAUUCACCCUUUAUACUGCUGGAUUUUUGCCGGCACGAUAUCUGUCAGCCAAGUUUGUCAGUCUACUACAAUGUUUUUCAGGCGCUUAUUAUACUGGAAAGAUGGAAGUUGGGAUACUUCGGAUAUUCUUCCAUUCUGGUGGUUGUAUCAUGUGUACUGGCCUCUACACUUUAUCAGAUACUUGUUUUGGGGGCGUUGGAGCAAGAUUAAUGUCAGCACCGGAAAAGCCUUUCAGAUGUAG